AUGACUUUGCAGGACACCCGCGUAACGCUGAACAUAUUUCUCGACACGCUGAUGACAGACCCAUGCCCGCCGUGUCUCAUGUGGAUCCCGCUUCUGCACCGGAUGGCCAGCGUCGAACACGUGUUCCAUCCGGUGGUGUGCGACGGUUGCAGCCGCGACUCGUUCACCGGCUUCCGCUACAAGUGCCAGCGGUGCCACAACUACCAACUGUGCCAGGACUGUUUUUGGCGCGGCCGGGUCAGCGGAACGCAUACCAACCAGCACGAGAUGAAGGAGUACUCAUCAUACAAGUCUCCGACGAAGCAGUUGAGCCAUUCGAUCAGUAAAUCGCUACAGUGCGUACCAAGUCAUUCUGAGAAAAAAUUCUCAUUCUCCGACUACCCGGACAGGCCGCUGGAUCUGGCGAAUGUCGUGCCAACGUCGCCUUCGCUGGUCAGAAGCAACGUACUUGCGCACACUGAUGAGAUGCCUCUAUAUGGCGACAUUGUCAGUGACAGUCACGCAUGUCUAGUCAGCCCUGGUCACUUUUCAGUCGACGAACGAAACACGGACGACGAACACAAACUCAUUGCGCGGUACUCCGCGAAGCUGUCCGGUAGAGCAACGUAUCUGUGUGCAUCGAUGAACAGUGGUCUGGACGAGAACGGCUCUCAGAGAGCAGCCGUAGCGAGGCUGGAGCAAAAGAACAAGGAAAUCCUUCGCGAAAUACAAAAACUGCAGGCUAUGCAAAGUGCUAAUAGUCUCGCUGGUAUGUCAGCCGCCGCCGGUUCCGCCGAGAACGGAUUGGCGUUGGAGCUUGACUCUUUGAGGCAACGCAAGACGGAACUGGAAUUGCGAAUGGAACAGCUGCGGGAUACGAGGCAGGAGCUGAUGAGUCAGCUUGAGUCACUGAUGCAAGUUUUGAAGCUUAGAAAUCCGCAGGAAUCGUCGCCGAGGUCGCAGUCGAGCAUGGGCCUGCCUCUGCCCGAAGGGCGAAGGUUGAGUCGGGAUUUCGAAAUCCCCGCGGAGGUGGAUGAACUCGGCUCUAUGACGUUCGCAUCGGCCACACCUCAGAAGACGCUGCCGUUUGGCUCACAGAACGUUUACAGUCCAAGGAAGAGCUCAUUGCAAACUGAUUUACUGUCGGCUGCUGACUCCAUCACAAACACCAUGACGACGCUAGUCAAAGAGCUCGGAUCAGAAGAAGCCAUGAACACUACAGCGGAAAACGGGGAAUCCGGUGAGUCUGGUGGUAGCUUAUGA